ACACAAGCAUAAGAAAACCAAAUCAGAGAAGCCCUAAUCAAAGCAAAGCUAAUCGAAAAACCCCAACUUCGGAUCGUGUUGGGAGCCAUGAGAGGUUUUGCGCGAAGCUCGAACUCGUUGACGAGGAAGUUGUUCCAUGGAAGGAACGUUCAAUCCCAAUGCAGUAGUCGUUCGUACAGUCUCAUCCCAAUGGUGAUUGAGCACUCUUCCCGAGGGGAGAGGGCUUACGACAUCUUCUCGCGCCUCCUCAAGGAGCGCAUUAUCUGCAUCAAUGGACCCAUCUCCGACGACACUGCUCACGUCGUCGUUGCGCAGCUCCUCUUCCUCGAAUCCGAAAACCCUUCCAAACCCAUCAACAUGUACGUCAACUCCCCUGGUGGUGCCGUCACCGCAGGGCUAGCUAUUUAUGAUACGAUGCAGUAUAUUAGGUCUCCGGUCAGUACGGUAUGCAUGGGCCAAGCUGCAUCCAUGGGUUCUCUCCUAUUGGCUGCGGGUGCCAGGGGGGAGAGGCGGGCUCUUCCAAAUGCAUCAAUCAUGAUUCACCAACCUUCUGGUGGUUUUAGUGGCCAGGCAAAGAAUAUUGCGGUUCAUGCCAAGCAGAUCGUUCGGGUUUGGGAUUCUUUGAAUGAGUUGUAUGCCAAGCACACGGGCAAGUCGGUUGAGGUCAUUCAGGCAAAUAUGGACGCAGAUAACUUCAUGAGUCCACAAGAGGCCAAAGAGUUUGGGAUCAUUGACGAGGUCAUUGAUCAGAGACCUAUCACUUUGGUUUCUGAUGCUGUUGGUAAUGAAGGGAAAGACAAAGGUUCCAAUUAGAUCCAGAUGGAGGGUAAGAUUUCUUUUGGGAAUCCUUGCUGUAUUUAAAUGCUUUGCCUGUCACCUUAGGUAUAAGUUGCAGCUGAUAUAGUUUUAUCAACCAAACAUAAUCUGUCAGUUUUGAGUUAGACUUGAUCAUUAAACUUCAGUAUUGUGCUCAAUUCGGUUUCAUAAUUUCAUUGGCAUAUUUUUUUGU